GUGCCGCUGCGGUCUUUUCGAAAUGGAUUCUACAGAUUCUGAAUUAUGUGGAUGUGAAAGCUCUAAUUUUAUACCGUCAUCUGAAUCUGAUCCUCCACCUCCAGUUUCUUAUCAUGUAGCGGAAUGCAAACCUGGUGAUAUUCGUACGCAAGAGUGUGAUGUCAACACUGAAAACCAACCAGCCUUUGGUGUAUCUGACACUAUGGUAUCUGCGGACUGCAGUUUUGAGUCUUCUAACACUGCACAAAACCAGAGAAGUCUUACACAGGCAGAUGACUUCCGAGAUUUAUCGAAGGAAAAUUCAGAUUCAUCCGAAUUCAAGAGCUUAAACUGCAGUCCAAUCUCCAACUCACUUACACCCUGCUCAAAACACACUUUAGGUGUUCUAAACAGUGGUCUUAAGUUAUCUGCUUCACACAACCGAAUAAGGAAAUCACUGGGCCAUACUGAUGAUCUAUUCAUCAAAGUCCCCAAUCAAACAAUGCGCUUGUCAGAACCGUUGAAUGUUCAUAAAACCAAUGAGUUUCAUACGGCCGAUUCAUGUAACAGUCCUUUUUUGUCUGGGUUCGAGUCGCGUUCAUCUUCACUAGCGCGGUUGCCAAAUUCAGCUUCGAUUUUAAAUAGCAGCGAAGGUGGUGGUGAUGAAGGUGAUUUGUCAGUUAUGCAUGAUCAUGAGAAUUCGUCUCCUACUGAAUCUGAUAGUUUAAUGAAAAAUAAAGAUGUACAACUAAUAGCUAAGAAAACAUCCGAACUAGUGGAAAAUGAAGUUACUGAAUCUGUAGAAUCAAUUUUAGCUGUUAGUUUAUCUGCAGUAGUUUAUCGAAUGGACAAUACAAACGAAGUAGUUUUUGAAAAUCGCUUUAACGUUAAAUGAUAUCCAACUGUAAUAAAAUACAAUGGAUGUUCUCUCUUUGAAUGUUUGGUGCUUAUUUACUGUUAAUUUUCGAAACAUAUUUUUACUUCCGUAGAUUUCUUUUUGUUUGCUGAUCCUUUUUUGUUACUAAUUGUAAAUUAUCAAAUAAACGAACUUUUUUCUAAAUUUUGGAUUGCUGUAAAGUAACUAAUCAUCUGUUUCUCUAAAAAACUGUGUCAGAGUUCGGUGCUUAAUGUUGAGGCUCCAUAAUCGCAUACGAAAACACAUUUGCUUUAUUACAGCCGGGU